UAUGCAUGCGCCGCCUCGCCGCCGUACCGAUCAGCUGUACGCAGUAAUAAACUAGCCUACUAUUCAAACGGUCGUUUCAUUCUAAUACAUAACAAUUGACGACGAGGUGUUAAACGAAUACCCACAUUAUUAAAGUAAAAGAUGGCUUAUGUCGGAUUAUUGCCUAUUUUCGAUUAUAAAACAUGUGAAUGGGCGUUGUUUAAAGGCCGUUUAACGCAGUAUUUAAAAGUGAAUAACGUGAAUGAAGAAAAUAAGUGCGCGAUCUUGAUAACACACUUGUCCGAUGACUCGUAUAGGUUGGUGCGUAACCUUGCCUACCCAGAUUCUGUGGAUGAAUAUACUUAUAAAAAGCUAGUCUUAUUACUCGACAAUCACUUCAAGCCCAAGAAGUGUACGUACGCGGAUAGGGCGAAAUUCUAUGGAGCAUCUAGGCAUCCAGGCGAAAAUCUAGGAGACUGGGCGGCACGACUUCGUGGUCUAGCAAGCUACUGCGAAUUUGGAUCUGCUCUGGAUACGGUUUUGACCGAUCGAUUCAUCCUCGGCUUGGGGCCAGGUCCCGAACGUGACAAGCUCUUUGAGCAAGGUCCUUCCAUUCUCAAGAUUGGGCAGGCAUUAGAGAUGGCAGAGCAGGCCGCCAGCGCGAGGGAGGCGAAGACGAUGGUACUACCUAAGUUGGAUUACAAAGAGGAGCCCAUCUAUCGAGCGUCGAUGGGAACUGGUGGUGGGCGCGGCCUGAGCGCAGGCCAGGCGGGCGGCGGAACACACGCGCCACUUCGCGACCAGCGCACCGCUACUGGGGAGGGCUCACGAUGUGCCGUAUGCGGUUUGAAGAACCACUCGUCCAAGAAUUGCCGAUACAAAAACUAUAAAUGUCAAAAUUGUGGUGUAAAGGGCCACUUAAAAAAGGUUUGCGGAAACAAAAAUUCACGCGUUAAUAACAUAACGUGUGAUGAACAAAGUGAAAGUGAGAAUGAGGUUUUGUGUUGCCAGGAAUGUCAAAAUUUCAAUUUAAGGUUUACAAAUUAAUGCGGGAGGAAUGGUAUAUAUGCAUGCGCCGCCUCGCCGCCGUACCGAUCAGCUGUACGCAGUAAUAAACUAGCCUACUAUUCAAA